AUGAGCCUGACCACGAAGAACCUGGAGCGGCUGCGCCAGCAGCUAGCGGAACAAGAUGCGGCGGCAGCUGAAGCGGCAGCCGUGGAUGACCAUGGCAAGCGCAGCAGUCAUGCCGCUGGUAGUACUAGCGCUCCUCCACCGCUCGAGGCCAAGCUGGCAGAGUGGAGCCAGGUGACCGUCGAAGCUCCCACCCCAACCAAGCGAACUGUGGACCUCUCUCGCUGGAUGAAGGCUCGCGAUGUCUUUCUUACCGUUUGGGCGCCUUUUGACAUUUGCUGGCAACACUACGAAAAAUUGGCCCGCUGGCAAAAUCCCAAACUGUCGUUUGUCGCCACUGUAGUCGUCGUUUUCUUUGCCUUUCUGCCACGCUUGGUGCCUUUGGUCCUGUGGCUCGUCCUGGUCCUGGUCUCAUACUACUGCUGGAUGCUCAACUCGCGGAGCCCCGGCGCGCUCCUAUCCAAAGCCUACUGUCGCGCGCUGGAUGCGUUUGCCAUCAUGCGCAAAAAGGUCAAGGAGGAAGACGUGGACGCUCAGCUCAAAGCCUUUCACUUUGUACUACUCAAGCUGCAGGAGACGGGCGAAGUGCUGAUUGAUCGCUUAUAUCGCGUCCAAUUAUUGCUGUCCUGGCGAAGCCCUGAGCAUUCUCGUCGCUUUUUGCUUGGGUGUCUGGCUUGGGCGAUAAUGGCCGCCUCGUUCACGGGCUGGUUGCUGCGCGUUUACGUUGCCUUGCUUCUUACAACCUGGGGCACGCCCUUUGGGCAGCGUCUCCUAUUGGCCACCUUCUUCCGUCUGCCCACCCGCGAGCAGCAGACUGCUGCUUCCAAGACCAGCUACCGCAUUGGGGAUCUUCAGCCGACGCUCAAGACGCUUGCCGAUGACUACCAGAGCAAGAAGAAGACAGAACAGGAGUGGCUGGUCGUUGAUGGCGACGAUUUGGAAGAGACGGGGCGAGAGUCACAGCCAGACGAGUCUGUCGAUGAUGCUUCGUCUACUGUCGAUCCUGCGGCGAACGACGUUGUGCCCGUUGCUGCCAAUUCAAGGUCCCGCGUCGUGCGUUGGGUGCAACGGCUGGCCGGCUUUCUCUCACCCUGCGCGACUUGCUGCAACAUGCCACCAGCCCCUGCGGCGCAACGAGAGACCGUACGGGUGUGUGCCAAUUGCUACGCCUCGCUGGCCGAGCAGGUGCAAAACAUGGUCCCCGAAGGUUCUGGUGAGGGUGCUGCGCUGUCAGCGGCAGCUGCGCCGUGA